CUCGGCGGCGGCAGCGGCGGCAGGAUGCGGGCGGGCCGCGGCGCGGCGGGCGGGGAGGCAGCGGCCGAGGAGGAGGCGGCCGAUGGGGCCAAGCGCGGCGGGGCGGCGGCGGCGGGGCGGGCGCGGGGCCGCGGCGGGAAGGGGUCCCCGAACGGCGAGUGCCGUCGCGGGGAACCGCCGCGCAGCCCCGGCCCGGAGCCGCCCCGCGAGCCCAAGGUCUCCUUCUCCUGCGGCGGCGGCGGCGCAUCCCCCGGCGGGGCCAAGGCGGCCGAGGAGGGGGCGAGCGAGGAUGCGGCCGAGGAGGUCCGCGGGAGCCAGGCCAGCUUCAUGCAGCGGCAGUUCGGGGCGAUGCUCCAGCCCGGCGUCAACAAGUUCUCGCUGCGGAUGUUCGGCUCGCAGAAGGCGGUGGAGCGGGAGCAGGAGCGCGUCAAGUCGGCGGGGGCCUGGAUCAUCCACCCCUACAGCGACUUCAGAUUUUACUGGGACUUCACGAUGCUGCUCUUCAUGGUCGGCAACCUGAUCAUCAUUCCCGUGGGCAUCACCUUCUUCAAGGAGGAGACCACAGCACCCUGGAUCGUGUUCAACGUGGUCUCUGACACCUUCUUCCUGAUGGACCUGGUGCUGAACUUCCGGACAGGGAUUGUCAUUGAGGACAACACAGAAAUCAUCCUGGACCCCGAGAAGAUCAAGAAGAAGUACCUCAAGACCUGGUUUGUGGUGGAUUUUGUCUCCUCCAUCCCUGUGGACUACGUUUUCCUCAUUGUGGAGAAGGGCAUAGACUCAGAGGUCUAUAAGACAGCCCGUGCCCUUCGCAUUGUCCGAUUCACCAAGAUCCUCAGCCUGCUGCGGCUGCUCCGCCUCUCCCGCCUCAUCCGCUACAUCCACCAGUGGGAGGAGAUCUUCCACAUGACCUACGACCUGGCCAGCGCCGUGAUGAGGAUCAUCAACCUCAUUGGGAUGAUGCUGCUGCUCUGCCACUGGGAUGGCUGCCUCCAGUUCCUGGUGCCCAUGCUGCAGGAUUUCCCCCAGAACUGCUGGGUCUCCAUCAAUGGGAUGGUGAACGACUCCUGGAGUGAGCUGUACUCCUUCGCCCUCUUCAAGUCCAUGAGCCACAUGCUGUGCAUCGGCUACGGGAAGCAGGCACCUGAGAGCAUGACAGACAUCUGGCUGACCAUGCUGAGCAUGAUCGUGGGGGCCACCUGCUACGCCAUGUUCAUCGGCCACGCCACCGCCCUCAUCCAGUCGCUGGACUCCUCCCGGCGCCAGUACCAGGAGAAGUACAAGCAGGUGGAGCAGUACAUGUCCUUCCACAAGCUGCCCGCUGACUUCCGCCAGAAGAUCCACGACUACUACGAGCAUCGCUACCAGGGCAAGAUGUUUGAUGAGGACAGCAUCCUGGGGGAGCUCAACGAGCCCCUGCGUGAGGAAAUCGUGAACUUCAACUGCCGCAAGCUGGUGGCCUCGAUGCCGCUGUUUGCCAACGCCGACCCCAACUUUGUCACGGCCAUGCUCACCAAGCUGAAGUUUGAGGUGUUCCAGCCGGGUGACUACAUCAUCCGAGAGGGCACCAUCGGCAAGAAGAUGUACUUCAUCCAGCACGGGGUGGUCAGCAUCCUCACCAAGGGCAACAAGGAGAUGAAACUCUCUGAUGGCUCCUACUUUGGGGAGAUCUGCUUGCUGACCCGCGGCCGGCGCACAGCCAGUGUCCGUGCAGAUACCUACUGCCGCCUCUACUCGCUCUCAGUGGACAACUUCAACGAGGUGCUGGAGGAGUACCCCAUGAUGAGACGGGCCUUUGAGACUGUGGCCAUCGACCGUCUCGACCGCAUCGGGAAGAAGAACUCGAUCCUGCUCCACAAAGUGCAGCACGACCUCAACUCAGGUGUCUUCAACAACCAGGAGAACGAGAUCAUCCAGGAGAUCGUCAAGUACGACCGGGAGAUGGUGCAGCAGGCAGAGCUGCAGCAGCACACGGCCAUGUACAGCCCCGUCCAGCCCCAGGUCACCUCUGCCAUCGCCACCCUCCAGCAAGCCGUCGCCAUGAGCUUCUGCCCGCAGAUGGCCAGCCCGCUGGUGGGCUCCAUGGCGCUGGGCUCGCCCCGCAUGAUGCGCCGCUUGCAGUACGCCCAGGCCGUGCCCAGCCCCUUCGCCGUGUCCCCCGUGCUGCUGCAGCAGAGCCCCCCGCCGCAGCCGCAGCCCCCCGUGCCCCACGCCAACCCCUCGCCCUCGCAGGACACGGCGCAGCCCACGGCCCUGCCCGCCUCCACCAGCGCCUUCGCCGCGGCCGCGGCCAGCCCGCCGUCCCAAAGCCCGCUGGCCAGCCGGACGUUCGCCUACGGAGGUACCCCCGGGCCGCUGGGCUCGCAGCUGUCCCUCAGCCAGCAGCCAGCGCCCGGCUCGCCCCAGCGCCUGGCCGCCCACAAGAGCACACAGGCGCUGCACACCAGCAGCCUCAGCCAGGAUUCGCGGCCCCUCUCGGCCUCGCAGCCCUCGCUGCCCCACGGGCUGGCGGCCGGCAGCACCCAAAGCCCCCCGGCCUCUGCCCGCGAGUCCAGCACCUCCAUCGGAGGGGGUCCGGCCGCCGCCUCGCCGGGCCCGGGCCCUCCGGCCGGGCUGCGGGCCCAGGCGCCCUCGCGGGGGGCCCCGGCCCACCCGGCGCCCACGGGCUCGGGGCUGACAGCGCCGCCCGCCCUGCCGCAGGACUCGGCGGCGGCCCGCAAGGAUUCGGCGUCCAGCACGCCCGACACGGACCCGGCCAAGUCCAGGCUGUCUUCCAACUUGUGACCUCCGCGCCGGAGGGGCGGCGGCAGGGAGCCCCAGCUCACCUCGCGUCCGCCCUGCGCCGCCGGGUGAGGGCCACGGCCGCGCCGCCGGCUGCCGCCCCCCGCCACGGCGCCAGCCCCGCUCCCCGGUCCCUCCUGCCACCCGCUGCAGAGCGGGGCAGCUGCCGAGGGUGGGCCUGGGGCUGCCGUGCCCUCUCCCCACCGCGGGGUCACUGGGCUGAGCCCCCGGGUGUGUCGUCUCCGACCAAAGUCUGACCCUGUCGCCCGCUCCCCGCGGCGAAGCCCCGCUGCCCCCUGGCCUCCCCGGCUGCCCAUAGAAGCCACAGCUGCAUUCUCGCCAUGACCAACUCUGUGUAUGAUAAUCUAUGACCUGAACACAUCCCUGUGUGUGACCCGCAGGACACCUCCCUGGGGCUGUCGGCGCAGCCCCGGCGCCGCGCGUGUCCCUGCGCCCCUCUCACAGACCCAAGGCGAGGGGUGAUGGUCCAGGACUGGAGGUAAGUUGGGAAGGGUCUGAGGGAUGGUCGCCCUGAGGCUUUUGAGCACCCACGAACACACUGUCCCCCACUCCGAGGCGGGGGAUGAGCACGGCCCCAUGUCCCCAUAGGCAGCGCUAGGAUGGAGGCAGGUGCUGGAGCCCGAGCCCUGCGGCUGGGGCAGGCACCUGCCGAGUGUACCAGGUUCCUGUGCGUGUGUUUUGUGUGUGUGUGCGUGUGUGGGUGUGCGUGCAGGUGUGUGUGUGUGUGUGUGUGUGUGUGCACGUGUGCCUCGCUGCCUCGCACUCUGGAGCCUUCCACAUUGAAUGUACCGCGAGCGCGGGGCCCGUGCCAGCCCCGGCACCCUGCGGCCGAGCAGCCGGAGGGACAGGGCCCCACUCCAAGCGUCCACUUUCCCAUCCAGCCCAUCCUGUGCAAUAAACGUCAGCAGCUGACAGAGCUA